AGCUUUCAUAGUCGUAUACUAAACGGCCGAUAGACAAGCAAAUGUAAUAUCAUUAUACACUCUACUUCAUUGAAACCUAAUUGAAAGUUUCAACUUGGAUUUAAAUAUAUUAUCUACUUUAAUACUUAACAAAGUUUCGUGAAUUAUUGGAUUUAUUGAGUCGUGAACCGAAGUUAAAAAGCUAAAAAGCGUUUUAAACAUGGUUGAUUGUAAACAUAUUCAAUUCGUAAUAUACAAAACAAGAAAUAUUUGUGUAUAAAAAUAUAUUCUUAUAAAGAUUUUCUGCUUUAUUUACUGUUAUAGAGAAGCUUUAAACAACAAAGUAAAACAUCUUAUUUAAUCUAUUUGUGGAUUUUAUUCAACAAAAGGCAGUUGGAUUUUUUUAAACGGGCAUCGACAGUUAAAGAAAGGAUUACAGCAUAUUUUUCGGAUAUAUAUUAACUUACUUUUCUUUGAUGUUGAAAUAUACAGGAAGUUACAUUGUGUCCAUGGGCUAGGGCAAACAAUGUUGAGGAGAGAAUUACCCGUGCGGCACGGGACUGACAACAGAUAGCAGCGCAUCUUCAUCAUGACCCCGAGCUACCGUUUUACUAUACUGGUUCUCACAGUUCUACUGUCGGAGUUCAUCGCGUCAACUUAUACCCAGUCUACUUCCGGAUUCCCAACUUCCGCUCCUCCACCUCUAACUGAGGAACAGAAGAAAAAAGCCGUUGAGGCGCUUGAAUCUAGCUUAUUGACAAUAUUUGGGUUUUCUCGCCGACCACGACCAAGUAAAGGCGUGGUUAUACCUCAGUACAUGAUUGACUUAUACAGACGAGAGAGUGGGGACACGGGCACCGAGAUACCCACCGUGUUCGCACGCAAACAGUCAUCACAGCCUGCAAACACAGUCCGCAGUUUCUUCCACGAAGACAAUGUCCAGCUUCACAACUGUGGCAACGAAAACUGUGUCAGGCUCUGGUUUAAUGUAACAUAUAUACCACAGUCUGAACUUUUAACGGACGCAGAACUCAGAGUGUACGUGCAGAGAAAUCAUACUUAUGAACCCGAGACGGAUAAACCAUUACGUCAUAAACUUCAAAUAUUUGAAAUCAUGAAGCCAGUAUCAAAAGACGAAGAACCAAUUAGUAGACUUAUCGAUGUUCGAGAUAUUAUCGUGCAAAAUUCAUCCUGGGUUUCUUUAGACGUUCAUCCCGCUGUGCUAAAAUGGAAAAAUAAACCCCGAGCAAAUCAUGGUUUGGAAAUUCGUGUAGUUCCUCACAGAAACAAUCCUACAUCAAAUCCAUUAAAACAUGUGAGAUUACGGCGGGCAGCUGAAGUUGAAGAUAGUGAAUGGAAUAUUCAAAGACCUUUAUUAGUUACAUAUACUGACGAUGGUAAAGCCUCGAGUUUAGCACGGACUAAACGUAAUAGUGAUAGUGAUGAAAACAAUGAUGAUGACGAUGAUAUUGAAGAAAAAGAUGAAAGUGACUCUAAGAAAAAACGUAAAAGAAAACGUAAAAAGUGUCCAAAAGGCGAUAAAGGUAAAAAGUGUAGAAAAAAGCGUAGAGAAAGAAGAAAAAAGAGGAAAAAUAAGAAAAAGGAUGAAGAUAAAAAUAAGCAGAACCCUCCUGGAAAGGAGAGGCCUGGACACAAAAAUCUGUGCAAACGAAGGCCAUUGUAUGUAGACUUUAGUGAUGUAUCGUGGAAUGAUUGGAUAGUUGCACCAUCGGGAUACGACGCGUAUUACUGUGAUGGCAAGUGUCCCUUUCCACUCAGUGAUAACCUUAACACGACCAAUCACGCCAUAGUUCAGACACUUGUGAAUGGAGUGGACCCUCGGGCCGCACCAACCGCCUGUUGUGUUCCAACUUCUCUUAGUUCUAUCUCUAUGUUGUAUUUAGAUGAACACGAUAAAGUGAUACUAAAAGUUUACGACGAUAUGGUAGUAGAAGGUUGUGGGUGUAGGUGACGUGUCGCCAUAGCAACCGAAAUAUCAAAAAGUGUGCUUCCAGUCAAGGUAGUUUACGGACAAUACCGGUAUCUAGUGUUAUAAUACAGAUUUGUGCUAAUUUAUUUUCGAAACCUCAUCAUAUGGACGGUGUUAGCCGCGCUAUUGUAGCAGAUUCUGUUACAAAAUGUGUUCGCAAAAGUUUUAGUAAAACCUAAUAGUGCUGAAGGGUAUUGUCAAAUGACGAAGUCAGAUGACAUUGGGUGUGACUGAAAUUCGAAAAGAAUGUGCUCACGCGCAGUAUAGAGACAGGUCUCGCUGAAUGAGAGAAGUAAACGAACAAGAAUGUCCCCGACCAGGAGGUCACGUGCUAAGUGCUUGUUGUUGUUGUUAUUGUAUAGUAAAAUUGUUUAAAGCCAGUGACGUUCCGCCAAACAUGAUUCUAAAAUUGUACAAUAAAUGUACAAAUAAAAUGACAUUUUUAAAUUAAAUGUUUGAGCGGAAAACUACACAACUAUUUAUAUAUUGUAAAUUUAUUAUUGAAUAUAUUGUAAAUAUUAUUGUUAUUUUAUUUCAUAUUUUGACGACUACAAAAAAUUGGAAUGAAUAUUUUUCUGAUUUUUGUAGUAUAAUAAUAACAUGUCCACAAAAUGAAAAAAAUAAUAGAAAAUGACGAAGUUAAAUAAAAGAUAAAAAUCUGA